GCGUGUGCGAGGGGGGGGCGCGUGCGCGUGCGAGGGGGGGGCGCGCGUGCGAGGGGGCCCCGCGUGCGCGCCGCCACUUCGGUCCCGAGGCGGCGACGGGACGGGAGCGAGAGUCCGGCCUCCCCGACAAGGAUGGCGGGGCUGGUGCUGCUGGCGCUGGCGCUGGGCGCAGGGGCGCUGCCCUUCGAGCAACGCGGCUUCUGGGACUUCGCGCUGGACGAGGGCCCCGGGGCGCCGGCGGGGGGGCGGGCGGCGCGGCAGGCCCCCCCCCCCCCCGCGGAGGCGGACGACAGCGGCGACGGCGGCGACGAGGCCUCGGGCGCCUUCCCCGCCUCGGGCGCCCCCGACGCCGAGGCCGAGGCCGAGGCCCAGCCCCCCCCCUACGGCGGCCUCUGCCCCUUCGGCUGCCACUGCCACCUGCGCGUGGUGCAGUGCUCCGACCUCGGGCUGACGGAGGUGCCCAAGGACAUCCCCCCCGACACGACGCUGCUGGACCUGCAGAACAACCACAUCACCGAGCUGCGUCCCCACGACUUCCGGGGCCUGCACAACCUCUACGCGCUGGUGCUGGUGAACAACGGGCUGCGGCGGGUGCACGCGGGGGCCCUGGCGCCGCUGCGGCGCCUGGAGAAGCUCUACCUGUCGCACAACCGGCUGGCGGCCAUCCCCGCGCCCCUGCCCCCGGGGCUGCUGGAGCUGCGCAUCCACGACAACCGCAUCCGCGCCGUGCCGCGCCGCGCCUUCCGCGGCCUGCGCCACGUCAACUGCAUCGAGAUGGGGGGCAACCCCCUGGAGAACAGCGGCUUCGAGCCCGGCGCCUUCGACGGCCUCAAGCUCAACUACCUGCGCAUCUCCGAGGCCCGCCUCACCAGCGUCCCCAAGGACCUCCCCGAGACCCUGCGGGAGCUGCACCUCGACCACAACCGCAUCCAGACCCUGGAGCGUGACGACCUCAAGCGCUACGGGCAGCUCGCCCGGCUGGGCCUGGGCCACAACGAGAUCCGGGAGGUGGCCGAGGGCAGCCUGAGCCCGCUGGGGGCCCUGCGGGAGCUGCGCCUGGAGCACAACCGGCUGCGCAGGGUGCCCCCGGGGCUGCCCGGCCUGCGCCUCCUCACGGUGGUGUACCUGCACGGGAACCGCAUCGCGCGGGUGGGGGCGCAGGACUUCUGCGCGCCGCCGGGGGCCAAGCGCGCCCACUACCAGGGCCUGAGCCUCUUCGGGAACCCCGUGGCGCCGGGCGCCGUGCCCCCCGCCGCCUUCCGCUGCCUCGCCGACCGCCUCGCCCUCCACUUCGGCAACUACAAGUGACCCCCGCCGCGGGGGGGGCGGGGGCACGGGGACAGCAGGGACACCCGCGGGCGUUCCUGGGAGCGAGGGGACCCGGGGGACGUGGGGACAUCACGGACACCCGCAGGUGUUGAUGGGAGCGGAGGGAUGGGGGGACACGGGGGACGUGGGGGGACGUAGGGGACGUGGGGACAUCACGGACACCCGCGGGGGUUCCUGGGAGCGGGAUGUGGGGACAUAGGGGACACGGGACAUCAGGGACACCCAUGGGGGUUCCUGGGAGCGGCAUGUGGGGACACAGGGGACGUGGGGGGACGUAGGGGACGUGGGGGGACAUAGGGGACGUGGGGACAUCACGGACACCCGCAGGGGUUCCUGGGAGCGGCAUGUGGGGACAUAGGGGACACGGGACAUCAGGGACAGCCACGGGGGUUCCUGGGAGCGGCAUGUGGGGACAUAGGGGACAUGGGACAUCAGGGACACCCACGGGGGUUCCUGGGAGCGGGAUGUGGGGACAUAGGGGACAUGGGACAUCAGGGACACCCACGGGGGUUCCUGGGAGCGGCAUGUGGGGACAUAGGGGACAUGGGACAUCAGGGACACCCACGGGGGUUCCUGGGAGCGGGAUGUGGGGACAUAGGGGACAUGGGACAUCAGGGACACCCACGGGGGUUCCUGGGAGCGGCAUGUGGGGACAUAGGGGACAUGGGACAUCAGGGACACCCACGGGGGUUCCUGGGAGCGGGAUGUGGGGACACAGGGGACGUGGGACAUCAGGGACACCCACGGGGGUUCCUGGGAGCGGCAUGUGGGGACACAGGGGACGUGGGGACAUCACGGACACCCGCAGGGGUUCCUGGGAGCGGGGGGACACGGGAAUGUGGGGGGACAUAGGGGACGUGGGGGGACAUAUGGGACUUGGGACAUCACGGAUAGCCAUGGGGGUUCCUGGG